ACUACUUAUGAGCUCUUGAGUGGGGAUUUCGUCUUUGCAAGGAAGCUUGCAUGUACGAUAGAUAUCUUUGAAAAACAGAGACUUCGGAACUUACGACCGUACAUAUACAUUGACGUAGACGCAAAACGAAUCGGGGAUCGACUAUCAACAACAUGACCACCAGCCGCAAGAAGAACGUCGCCCUCGUCGGGCUCUCCGCCAAGGGUUCAUGGGCAUCCCAAGCGCAUCUACCUUACUUCAAGGAAUCCUCGCUGUUCAAGAUCCAUGCUCUACAAAACAGCUCAAAGUCGUCGGCUCUUGAGGCAGCCCAGACCUAUUCGCUGGACGGGGUCGUCCCUUAUGGAGAUCCAUCAGAGACCGCUUCCGACCCUGAAAUCGACAUCGUCGCCAUCAGCGUCAAAGUCCCCAUGCACAAGAGUCUCCUCCUUCCCGCUAUCGACGCUGGCAAGGACGUCUUUUGCGAAUGGCCGCUGGCAAGAAACUUGCAAGAGGCGAGGGAGAUCGUCCAGCUCGCCAAGUCCAAGGGAGUCAAGACCGCCAUCGGGUUGCAGGCUCGUCAAGAUCCCGCUAUCCUCAAAGCGAAGGAGAUUGUCAGGUCCGGCCAGAUCGGGGAGGUGAUGGGUACCAAUAUGUUUGGGCACGGAGGAAUCUUCACCCCUUCCAUCCCUUCCAUCAAAGAGGACGUCGCUUACUUGUCAGACAUCGACAACGGCGCGAACCUGUUGACGAUCCCAUUCGGUCACGCCGUCGUGGACGAUGACGGGAAACCGACCAGGAUCAGUCAUAAAACGGCUCACGACUACAUCACGGUGAACGCCCGGUUGAUCGAUAGCGGUGGUGUCGCCGACAUCACCUACGCCCCCGGCAACUCUCUUACCGGCAAAGGUUUCUACUGGGAGAUCACGGGUACCGAGGGUUCCCUCGUCCUCGAAGGUCCAAUGGGCCACGUCCAGAUCGCCCCUCCCACGCUCAAGAUGGCCACCACCGCCGAACCCGAGCUGAAACUCGUCCCCCUUGCCCGAGCUUCGGAUGCCACGUACGCGAUCGGCAAGGCCUGGGACGCGUUCGCUGGGGUCGGUUUGGACGAGGGUCAUACGGUGACCACGUUCGAGGACGCCUUGGUGAGACACGAGAUGAUCGACGCUAUCUACAGGAGUGCAGAGUCGGGCCGUCGUGAGAAUUACGUGUGAGGGCAGGAGAGGAAGCGGGGCUUGGGAGUCGAUUUCGUGUGUAGACUUAGACAUGUAUUGUAGGGCAAAUAAUAGCUGUCUCAUCACGGACAUGUAUGGUACCA